AUGAAAAGAGAGCGAUCAUCCGAAAGAAAGAGCAAGAGCCACAGCAUAGAUGUCUCCUCCAGUCAUUCCAAUGACAGACAGUGGUAUGAUGUGUUGCUAGAACUCCACAUCAAGUCUAGUCAACAGCCAUCUUUUGUCUCCUUCCGUCAUGCAUGGAAAGAGCACAUGAAUGACUAUUACCAAUUGACAAGUGCAAUCAACAAGUCAGAAGACAGAAGGGAGUUGCCUACAGUCCCACAACCCACCCACACGAUUGAGUGGCUAGCUCGCACCAGUUUCAGACAUCGCCCUGUGCGUCUCAAUGUGCCUCAUGUACAACAAAGGAAGCACACUGUGCCACAACAAAGGAAGCACAAGGUUGCUAGGAGACGUUGUGUGCAGCAUUCGCAGCUUGACACCUCCUUCAUUGUCUACUGAAGGAGCAACUCUUGUCAGAAAAGCUUUAUGCUGAAUGGUGACAAUGGUGAAAAUGGAGAAUGUUUUGGCCAUGUGUACUUGUGUGUAAAAAGUUUCAAAAAGACUUGUCUUGUGAGGAAACUCACAGUGCUCUCAUG